UCGUAUGUGAAGUCUGAUAACACUGGACAAAUUUUCCAGUCCUUCACCGAGAAACGAUGUUGAACUGAAAAUUGACUGAUUUUUACCAUUUUGGGGUCUUGUUUAAUUUUAAUUUUCUAAAUGUCUUGUGGCAAAGUGUCGCCCACUAUGCUCAUCUCGGAGAUUGAUCAAAUUAUGAUCAUGUUAGAACGGGGCACAAUUGUUACUCGGUUUUAUUUGAAGAAGAAACCAGAGAAACGAACAUUAAGAUUACGCAAGGAAACAAGACAAAUUCUUUGGUCUAGAGUUAAUAGUACCAAUGUCAAGAAAUUCGAAGGCUCUUUGGACCUCAAAGAUGUCAAAGAAGUACGCUAUGGAAAUAAUAGUAAAGAAUUUGAUAGGUAUCCCGAUGAAUUUAAGAAAUUUGAUGCUUCUAAAUGUUUUGUAAUUUUUUAUGGUAAUGAUUUCAAACUAAAAACUCUCUCUGUUGUUGCAUUAUCUGAACAAGAAUGUGAAUUAUGGCUUAGAGGUUUAUAUCAUCUUGUAAAUGAUACUGUAUGUGCUCCAUAUCCAUUACAAGUUGAACGAUGGCUGCGCAAAGAAUUUUAUAGUAUGGAGAAUUCAAGGGAGACAGUAACAUUGAAAGAUAUUAAAAUAUUUUUGUCUCGUGUUCAUUGCAAAAUUUCAACCAAUAAAUUACGAGAGUUGUUUCAAGAAGUUGAUACCAGGAAACGCAACGAGCUUAAUUUUGAUGAGUUUGUCACACUUUAUGACAAACUUAUCUACAAUCCAGGGCUUUUUAAUAGAUGCUUUUCAAUGUAUUGUUCGGAUGAUAAUGACACAUUUAGUGUUCAAGAUCUUACAAGAUUUUUAAAUGUUGAACAAGAAAGUUUUUGUCUUGAAGAAGAACUUGUUGCUAAACACAUGAAAGAAUAUUUUAAGUAUUGUGAAAAAGAUUUGAGUGAUCCACUACAGUUUACUGCAACCGAAUUUAUGGAUUACUUGUUUUCAAAACAAAAUGAAGUGUGGGAUCAGUAUUAUGAUAAUGUAUUUCAAGAUAUGACAUUACCGCUUUCACAUUAUUGGAUAGCAUCUUCUCAUAAUACAUAUUUAACGGGUGAUCAAGUGUCUAGUGAAAGUUCAGUGGAAGCAUAUGCAAGAUGUUUACGUUGGGGUUGUCGCUGUAUAGAAUUAGAUUGUUGGGAUGGACCUGAUGGAUUACCAAUAAUAUACCAUGGACAUACUUUAACAAGUCGUAUCAAAUUUUUAGAUGUCUUAAAAACAAUUAAAGAACAUGCUUUUGUCACUUCUCCAUAUCCAGUUAUUUUAUCAAUUGAAGACAAUUGUUCAGUACCACAACAACGAAAUAUGGCAUCAACUAUGAUUGAAGUAUUUGGUGAAAUGUUACUUACACAGCCAAUUGACCUUAAUGAAAUUAAAAUGCCUUCACCUGAACAACUUAUGAAUAAGUUCAUUAUAAAACACAGGCGACUCCCAGAAAAUGUUAUUGGUGAUCAAGCAGUAAAAAUUAGACAUCGCGAUGACAGUAAAGAACCAAAUUUGAGAAAUGCCAAAAAAAAUGGAGUACUGUAUUUAGAAGAUUCUAUAGAGAAAAAAUGGAGACCCCAUUUUUUUUCACUGUUUGGUACCAAACUGUAUUAUACAGACCGUUGGAAAAUGCAUGUUGAGAAUGAAGAUGAAGGAGAUGGUGGAGAGUUGGAACCAAACGAUUUAUCUAGUAUAAAUCGGUUGAGAGAAGGUAUACCUAAUGAUGAAUUACAUUUUGGAGAAUAUUGGUUUCAUGGAAAAUUAGCUCGAGGUAGAACUGAAGCGGAAGAAUUGUUGAAACAGUAUCAACAUUAUGGUACUGGUACAUUUUUAGUGAGAAUGAGUGAAACAUACUAUGGUGAAUAUUCACUAUCAUUCUGGCAUCAAGGUAAAGUUAAUCAUUGUCGAAUAUUUUCAAAUCAAAGAAAAUUUCAUUUGAUUGAGGGGACCAAGUUUGAUAGUUUAUAUAGUCUGAUAACAUAUUAUCGAACAAAUCCAUUACGUUUACAAGAAAGCCGUGUUGUAUUGAAAGAACCUGUCCCUCAACCUUUAAAGCAUGAAGGCAUGAUUUGGUAUCUUCCACAUGUUGAUAGAAGUCGAGCUGAGGCAUUACUGAAAAGAGUACCGUACAAAGGUGCAUUUUUGGUACGGCCAUGUGAUAAUGAUAAACAUAUUUUUGCAAUAUCAUUUAGAGCUGAAAAAAACAUAAAACAUUGUCGUAUUAAACUAGAGGGAAGAUUAUAUACUAUUGGUUUAAAACAGUUUGAAAGCCUAGUAGAACUUAUUAAAUAUUAUGAAAAAAAUUAUUUAUAUAAUACAAUCAAAUUAUGUUUUCCUGUAAAUGAAGAUAUUGCACAGAGAAAUGGAAAUGAUAUUGAUGAUUCUUCUAUUUCUUCUACACCUGGUUAUAUGGAUCCCAGUACCGCAUUGACUAAGAUUACUGUCAAAGCUAUAUUUGAUUACGAGGGUCGUCGAGAUGAUGAAUUAUCAUUCUGUAAACAUGCGGUAAUAACAAAUGUAGUAAAACAAGAUUGUGGAUGGUGGCGUGGUGACUAUGGUGGUAAAAUGCAGCAUUGGUUUCCUUCUAAUUAUGUUGAAGAAAUACAAGAAGCUCACCAAGAAAACUUUGAUAGAGGUUCAACUGAAUCAAUGUUUUUGGGAAGUUCUCAAAAAGGAAGUUUAGACUUAACAGGAGCUUUAGUAGAAAUUGGGAAGUUAAAUCAACCAAAUCUAGAGUGGAAGAUCAAAAUCCAAACAUCUAACGCAUGUACACCAUUCGUUUUAGGUGCUUUAUUGCGAGAAGAAGCAGAAGAAUGGAAAAAUCUGAUUGUUGAAACUGCUCAUAAUGCUAGUGCAAGAGAAACAGAAAAUAAAAAAAUGGAGCGAGAAUUAAAAAUUGCCAAAGAAAUAUCUGAUCUUAUUAUUUAUUGUCGGUCAGUUGAUUUUUGUUUUGAAAUUGGAGAACGUGGAUUUGUACAUAAUGAAAUGUCAUCUUUUAAUGAAACCAAAGCUGAAAAAUUAAUGUGCCAUCAAGCAGAGAAUUUUUUUUUCCGUUAUCACCAAGUUCAGUUCAGUAGAGUUUAUCCUAAAGGUCAACGUAUUGAUUCAUCUAAUUAUUUGCCAAUACCUUUAUGGAAUGCAGGAUGUCAAAUGGCUGCUCUCAAUUAUCAAUCACCAGAUAAAUCAAUGCAGUUAAAUCAAGCCAAAUUUCGUUUAAAUGGUGCAUGUGGUUACGUUUUAAAACCAGAAUAUAUGACAAAUAAAACGGAAAUGUCAGAUAUUAGUAAAGUAGAAGAGAAAUUAGUAGUAUCAAUUUGUGUUAUUGCUGGUCGACAUGUUGGUAGACCAGGUCGUAAUGGAAUUUCUAAUCCAUUUGUUUGUGUUGAGGUGUAUGGCACUGCUAAUGAUAUGGGAACUAAAUUAAGUACCCGUGCAAUACCGGACAAUGGAUUUAACCCGUUUUGGAAUGAAACUACUGAUUUUAGAAUUCAAAAUCCAGCUCUUACAUUUAUUAGAUUUGUUGUUAACGAUGAAGAUAUGUUUGGUGAUGCUAAUUUUAUUGGCCAAAAUACGUAUCCUAUAAUUUCAUUACGUUCUGGUUACAGAAGUAUUCCAUUAAAAAAUGGAUAUUCUGAAGAUAUUCCAUUAGCAUCUAUUUUAGUACAUAUCACUAUUAGAAGUGCUGAAGACUUAUCGUCAUCCGAAAGUGCUGUUCAAUCACCAUCUGUUUGAAUAAAAUAAAAUUCCAAUUUAAGAAAAGGCUGAUAUAUAUGAAUUACAAAUCAAACAAAUUUCUCCUGCAUUUAUAAUUUUUAUAGUAGGUUAAUAUAUGUCUGUAGAGUAUACUGAACAAUUUGUUAUUUAUAUCAUCUAUGAUAAUGUUACUUUUGUGAAUAGCAUUUUAUUAGGUGCAAUAUUAGUUGAAUGUAUUAAGUAAUUAUAUUUCAAGGACAAUUAUUAGUAAAUUUUC